ACUUCUUUAUACACGUUUAUUUCUCUUUUAGAUUAAGAACAGGUGCGACAAAAUGAAGUUUAGAGUUUUGUCUACCUUUUUUCUCCUCACAUUUGCAAAUGGAACAUGGGAAUAUGAUCAUUUUAUUCACCAGGAUUCUUUUCUAGUUGCUGAACUUGGAAGUGUUGUGAUUAUACCCUGCUCUCAUUCAGACGACUAUAUAAAUACUGUUUUAUGGUAUAAACAUUCUGUUGGAAAGAAACCACUUCUCAUAGCGUAUUCAGAACAUGGCUCUGCAAGUGUUACAUAUGAAAUUGGCUUUGACAAUCCAAACCGAUACUUUAUCAGAUCAGAAACUGACUCUAUUAAUUUGACCAUCAAACACUUGGAAGAAUAUGAUUUUGCAACCUACUAUUGUGGUGUGAGUUUCUUGAACAUAAUUAAAUUUGGAGAAGGCACGAUUCUUCUACGUAAAGAGGGUGAUGAAAUGAUAAGGACCACGGUUCUCCAGCAGCCUGUAUCUGACAGACUUCAUUCAGGAGAUUCAGUGACUCUGCAGUGUUCAGUCAUCGGUCAGAUCUGUGCAGGAGAAUACAGCGUCUACUGGUUCAGACAUUCAUCAGGACAUUCUGAUCCAGGAAUCAUUUACACCCAUGAUAACAGCAGUGAUCAGUGCAUGGAGAGAUCAGAGAGUGCCUCUUCUACCCAGAGCUGUGUCUACAGUCUCUCUCAGACUGAACUCACACCAACUGAUACUGGAGUUUAUUACUGUGCUGUUGCCACAUGUGGGAAGAUACACUUAGGAAAUGGAACUAAGUUGAUUAUUGAAGAUUUCAUCUGGAAUCCAAUUACUUUAGUCCUGGCAACACUGAACAUCGUGACCAUGAGUGUGAUUGUAACGCUUCUGAUAAUAAUUCAAAAGAUCCACAUCAGAGGUGCCUUGAAUCAUCCCAGAAAUCCAUGGAAGCAGAUCGUGGAUAUUGAUAACUUACACCAAGAGGAUACACGAGUCAUUUAUACGACCUCAUCAUGAUCUGAUUGAGAGUAAUGAUGGCUUUAACAUCUCUGCAGGACAACUGCCCUCCAGCAACAGGAUUGGACACCUGUGCCUUGCAUAAAGGGGACAAAAUGUCUCCACAAACAUCUAAAAUCCUUGUCCUUGUGGGUAAUUUUUUUUUUUUUUUCUCAUUGAGGAAAACAGCUUAUAAAUGCUUUUAAAAAAGAACGUUUUGUGUGAGAGGGAUAGAAAAUUUAAAUUUAUAAUACAAUAAAAAAUACAAGUUUGAAAUUUAAAAACAAUUACAUCUAUGGAAUAUGCCCAUAAACACGGAGACCCAGUGUGUGUGUUUAAUUUCAUUGCAUAAGAUUUGGCAAGCUUACAGUACUUGUUUUUAUAAGUUAUAUGUGUUACAAUGAGACUUUUAGUUAUACUUUUUAGUUAUAUAUUUUUUUUCACCACAGAUUAUCUAUAAAAUAAGCAUUAUCCAAUUCAGUCAUAUCAAAUAGAUUUUUGUAAUUCUCAUAGUAUUAACUAGUUUAACGCCGUUUAGGCUAGGCAUACAUUUCUAUGUAAAAGAGAAGAAUUACUUCUGAGGGUGAACUUCUACAGUCUUUUAUAAAUAUUAGCCCUUCUCUUCCACCAGGCUCAGGUUGAUUCCAUAUCAGAGGUCGGUUCUAUUAAUUAAUUGUUUCUCCUGUUUGAGUUUGGUAUAAUUUUAUGUCUUUUUGUGAUUGUGUC